GAAAAAAAAAAAAAAAAAAAAAAACCUUGAAUUGAAGUUAGAUUACAGAUUAAAGCCUCCCGUUUGUUAUUGUUUGUUGUUAUGUGUCUCCUUGUGCAAUGUGCUGAAAAUAACACUAAUACUUUGGUUCCAGUGAAGGGUUGUAUGUUUCAUGUAAAUGUUGCUGAAUAUGGGAAGUGAAACCUUUUUCUUUUGAAAUAGACAAGUAUGUUUAUAGUUCAACCUAACCUAGUCAACUGCACUGUUGAUAUGUCAAUCAAUAAUUCAUCACUUAUUCAUAAAGCUGUGGAAAACUGCAACAUAGAAUAUCUUCAGUCUCUACUGGACAAAGGGAAAGAAAACAUUGAUGAGUUCAGUGACUUUAUGCGAACCCCUCUACACUGUGCUGUGUUGGGAAAGUUUGAACAAGGUGUGACUCUGCUGUUGGAAAGAGGUGCCCAAAUUAAUGUGCAUGAUGCUAGACAGCAGACACCCUUGCACUGUAGCUGCAUCAUAAAAAGUAAAAGUAUAAUCAGUGCUCUUCUAGAAAAAGGAGUUGAGAUUAAUUGUUUGGAUGAGGCUGGAAGGUCUCCUCUUCAUUUGGCAGUGAACACAAAUUUCAAGGAAGGUGUUGAAUUACUGCUCACUAGAGGAGCUGACGUGAACACCAAAGAUAUGACAGGGGAUACACCUCUACACUGUGCUAUUAAAAAUAGUAACCUGCAGAUAGUAGAGAUGCUGUUAAAUAAGGGAGCCAAGUUGGAGCUUAAGAACAACAAGGGUUACACGGCUUUGCACAUAGCUGCCAGGACAUCUCAGAGGAGUAUUGUAAGAUCGUUGUUACUGUACGGUGCUGAGGUGGACGCCCAGGAUCACAGUGGCAGCACACCUUUACAUCUGAUUCUCCAGGGACUGGCCUACGAUGAGAACGAUGUCGUGGAGGAUUUACUCGACUGGGGGGCAUCGUUGAUUGUCAGAGAUGAGGAUGGAGACACGCCUUUAACCAUAGCGGCUAAGCAGUCGGUCUCUGUCAAUGGUUUGAUUAAACACCUUGUUAAAUUGCAGUGUGUUGAAUUACAACUCGCUUAUAAGACAAGUUACAUAUGCUCCACCUACUCUCUAGAGGACUACAAAAAAUUGUGCUCCGAAGAAUUGACAAAGUUGAAAAUAACCAGAUUUGGCAAUCAAUCUGUACUUGACGUGUUUUCCAAAUAUAAAGACCCUACAUUUUUAUCAAACUGUAAACUGCAGGAAGCUAUACACUCGUCUGAUUUUGAAACAGAGUUCCCGUUAUACAAUGUGCUUUUGAGAGCAAUGUUCAGACAUGCUGAGAAACGCGUUCCUUUGUUGAAUACUGCUCAGAGUGUUUUAAUACACCUGAUAGAUGCACACUUGCCCCAUGAGAUUUUGAGAAAAAUUAUCUCCUACUUGUCUAAUGAAGACAUUGUGAACAUAAUAGCUGCUGGGAAUGGGAUUUUACUUGGUUCAGUGCUUUGCUUGUUUAAUACAAAAUUAAUUGAGAUUGAUUAUCGAAGUUUGUUUCCAAACGCAAUGAAUAUCAAUAAAUCUGGACACUGUAGUCUUCUACAUGAGGCUGUGAAGAAAUGUUCUAUCGAAAAGCUAGAGUCUCUGCUGGAUAUAGCACCAAAACAUAUAAAUGCAAUAUCAAGGUACAGACGAACACUACUUCACUGUGCCAUUGCGAGAAAGUUUGAGCAAGGGGUAUGUCUGUUACUGGAGAGAGGUGCCGAUGUGAACAUACCUGAUGCCUUACUUCACACUCCUUUACACUAUUGUUGUUGGGGCAAAAAUGAGAAUAUUCUCAAAUUGCUCUUGGAUAGAGGGAGUGAUAUCCAUUUCAGAGACCAUGGGAAAAGAACUGCCCUCCACUUAGCUGUCACAUAUGGCUUCAUAACAGGUGUAAACAUGUUGAUAGAGAGAGGAGCUGACCUAGAUGUCAGGGACAUGGAAGGGAACACUCCCCUCAUUUUUGCCGUAAGGAUGAGGAACCAGCCUUUAAUCGAAACACUUGUAAGUAAAGGUGCCUCUUUGAACAUUGCAAACAAUAAGGGUUAUACAGCGUUGCACUUGGCUGUUAGGCAUACGGAUGGCUUUAUUGUGGGCUUUCUCUUGGAUUACGGAGCAGAAAUCAACUGUCGAGAUGACAUGGGAUGUACCCCUCUCCAUCUGGUACCUUCGGACAAAGCUGUUGUCAGGCUACUGUUGCAGAGGGGGGCUGGAGUGAAUAUACAGGACUGCAUGGGCUGUACGCCUCUACAUGUGGUUGUGCAAGGCAUGAUAGACUAUGGGAACGAUGUUGUGGAGGAAUUACUGGACUGGGGGAGUUGCAUGAACAUCAGGGACAUCGACGGUGAGACGCCUCUGGCCACAGCCAACAAGCAGAUAAUCUCAGUGGAUGGGAUGAAAAGACACAUCAUUAAAUUACAAUACGCCAAUUUACCUUUGGAGUUUAACUGUUCCAUCGAUCUCAAUGACUUUAAAUCGUACCAGGUAGCCUGUUUAGAGGAAGUGACCAAAUUAAAGGUUAACAGAUUUGGAUGGAACUCUUUGUUUGAUGUAUUCUCCAAACAUGUGGACCCCACAUUUGUGCUGAAUGAUGGCCUGCAACAAGCCAUCAAAUCACCCCUUGUGGAAAAGGAAUUUCCAAUAUACUGUUCACUUCUGAGGUCAAAGUUUGAGCAUGCUGUGAAACGAGUUGCAUUGCUGGACACACUUCAGAACAUCUUAGAUAUGCCAUUACCAAAUGAAAUAAUUAGGAAGAUUCUCUCUUAUUUAGAUAACAGACACCUGGAUUAUAUCGUCAAAGGCAAGAAAGAAAGGAAAACAAGACUUAGUAAGAAGGUUAAAAGUGUGGAUAACGCUGGACCCGUGAACUGGCCACCAAGGUCUCCCGACCUAAAUCCAUUGGACUUCUACUUAUGGGGGCACAUAAAGCAGUGCGUUUAUUCCCAACAGAUUAACAACCGAGAUCAGCUGAUGGAACUAGUAGAGGCAGCAUGUAAUAUGAAAAUGUUAGAUGAUUUUUACUCGGUUCAGUGCUUUGACUUGUUUAACACAAAAUUAAUUGAGAUUGAUUAUCGAAGUUUGUUUCCAAACGCAAUGAAUAUCAAUAAAUCUGGACACUGUUGUCUUCUUCAUGAGGCUGUGGAGAAAUGUUCUAUCGAAAAGCUAGAGUCUCUGUUGGAUAUAGCACCGAAACAUAUAAAUGUAAUAUCAAGGUACAGACGAACACUACUUCACUGUGCCAUUGACAGAAAGUUUGAGCAAGGGGUGUGUCUGUUACUGGAGAGAGGUGCCGAUGUGAACAUACCUGAUGCCUCACUUCACACUCCUUUACACUAUUGUUGUUGGGGCAAAAAUGAGAAUAUUCUCAAAUUGCUUUUGGAUAAAGGGAGUGAUAUCCAUUUCAGAGACCAUGGGAAAAAAACUGCCCUCCACAUAGCUGUCACAUAUGGCUUCAUAACAGGUGUAAACAUGUUGAUAGAGAGUGGAGCCGAUCUAGAUGUCAGGGACAGGGAAGGGAACACUCCCCUCAUUUUUGCCGUAAGGAUGAGGAACCAGCCUUUAAUCGAAACACUUGUAAGUAAAGGUGCCUCUUUGAACAUUGCAAACAAUAAGGGUUAUACAGCGUUACACUUAGCUGCUAAGUAUACGGAUGGCUUUAUUGUGGAGUUUCUGUUGGAUAACGGAGCAGAAAUUAACUGUCGAGAUGACAUGGGGUGUACUCCUCUCCAUCUGGUACAUUCGAACAAAGCUGUUGUCAGGCUACUGUUGCAGAGAGGGGCUGGAGUGAAUAUACGGGACUGCAUGGGCUGUACGCCUCUACACGUGGUCCUGCAAGGCAUGAUGGACUAUGAGAACGAUGUUGUGGAAGAAUUGCUGGACUGGGGGAGUUGCAUGAACAUCAGGGACAUUGACGGUGAGACGCCUCUAGCUACAGCCAACAAACAGAUGAUCUCAGUGGAUGGGAUGAAAAGACACAUCAUUAAAUUACAAUACGCCAAUUUACCUUUAGAGUUUAACUGUUCCAUCGAUCUCAGUGACUUUGAGUCAUACCAGUUAGCCUGUUUAGAUGAAGUGGCCAAGUUAAAGAUUAACAGAUUUGGAUGGAACUCUUUGUUUGAUGUAUUCUCCAAACAUGUGGACCCCACAUUUGUGCUGAAUUAUGGCCUGCAACAAGCCAUCAAAUCACCCCUUGUGGAAAAGGAAUUUCCAAUAUACUGUUCACUUCUGAGGUCAAAGUUUGAGCAUGCUGUGAAACGAGUUGCAUUGCUGGACACACUUCAGAACAUCUUGGAUAUGCCAUUACCAAAUGAAAUAAUUAGGAAGAUUCUCUCUUAUUUAGAUAACAGACACCUUGAAUAUAUCGUCAAAGACAAGAAAGAAAGGAAACCAAGGAGGAAGGGUAAAAGUGUCUGUGAAUUGGACAGACAACUGGAUGUUGAUCCAUCAGAUGACGAUUGGUCUGACGUCUCAUCAAUUUUCAGUGAUGACACUGAUGUUGAUCCUACCUAUAGGCCAACUAUCUCGGACUCAGAUGACGAAGAAAUGCCAUUUAGUCAGCCAUCUACUUCUCGCGGUAACACCGCCGCUAGGCCUACUCCGGACAACGACCAACCGGCCUCAGAGUUGACACUUCUACGAAUGGUACUGAAAUCUUUGUUCACUUCAGGUCUUCAAGUUCCUUGUGAUAACAUUCCAACAGAGAGGACAUAUGCUGGUGUUGAAUUGUUGAAAAUGUUAGAUGAUUUUUACUCGGUUCAGUGCUUUGACUUGUUUAACACAAAAUUAAUUGAGAUUGAUUAUCGAAGUUUGUUUCCAAACGCAAUGAAUAUCAAUAAAUCUGGACACUGUUGUCUUCUUCAUGAGGCUGUGGAGAAAUGUUCUAUCGAAAAGCUAGAGUCUCUGCUGGAUAUAGCACCGAAACAUAUAAAUGUAAUAUCAAGGUACAGACGAACACUACUUCACUGUGCCAUUGACAGAAAGUUUGAGCAAGGGGUGUGUCUGUUACUGGAGAGAGGUGCCGAUGUGAACAUACCUGAUGCCUCACUUCACACUCCUUUACACUAUUGUUGUUGGGGCAAAAAUGAGAAUAUUCUCAAAUUGCUUUUGGAUAGAGGGAGUGAUAUCCAUUUCAGAGACCAUGGGAAAAAAACUGCCCUCCACAUAGCUGUCACAUAUGGCUUCAUAACAGGUGUAAACAUGUUGAUAGAGAGUGGAGCCGAUCUAGAUGUCAGGGACAGGGAAGGGAACACUCCCCUCAUUUUUGCCGUAAGGAUGAGGAACCAGCCUUUAAUCGAAACACUUGUAAGUAAAGGUGCCUCUUUGAACAUUGCAAACAAUAAGGGUUAUACAGCGUUACACUUAGCUGCUAAGUAUACGGAUGGCUUUAUUGUGGGGUUUCUGUUGGAUAACGGAGCAGAAAUUAACUAUCGAGAUGACAUGGGGUGUACUCCUCUCCAUCUGGUACAUUCGAACAAAGCUGUUGUCAGGCUACUGUUGCAGAGAGGGGCUGGAGUGAAUAUACGGGACUGCAUGGGCUGUACGCCUCUACACGUGGUCCUGCAAGGCAUGAUGGACUAUGAGAACGAUGUUGUGGAAGAAUUGCUGGACUGGGGGAGUUGCAUGAACAUCAGGGACAUUGACGGUGAGACGCCUCUAGCUACAGCCAACAAACAGAUGAUCUCAGUGGAUGGGAUGAAAAGACACAUCAUUAAAUUACAAUACGCCAAUUUACCUUUAGAGUUUAACUGUUCCAUCGAUCUCAGUGACUUUGAGUCAUACCAGUUAGCCUGUUUAGAUGAAGUGGCCAAGUUAAAGAUUAACAGAUUUGGAUGGAACUCUUUGUUUGAUGUAUUCUCCAAACAUGUGGACCCCACAUUUGUGCUGAAUGAUGGCCUGCAACAAGCCAUCAAAUCACCCCUUGUGGAAAAGGAAUUUCCAAUAUACUGUUCACUUCUGAGGUCAAAGUUUGAGCAUGCUGUGAAACGAGUUGCAUUGCUGGACACACUUCAGAACAUCUUGGAUAUGCCAUUACCAAAUGAAAUAAUUAGGAAGAUUCUCUCUUAUUUAGAUAACAGACACCUUGAAUAUAUCGUCAAAGACAAGAAAGAAAGGAAACCAAGGAGGAAGGGUAAAAGUGUCUGAAGAAACAUCAGAGAUUUGCUAAAACUGAGAUAACGAUAUAUAAAGCAACACCCACAUUUUAGAGUCAAUAUGAAAAAACUUGUAUGAAGAAAUUUUUCAUAUCCCAACCAUAUGUGUAUAUUUGAAGACAUUUUAAUAUACACAAUAAAUUUUUAAUUUUAA